AUGUGCACACCGGAAAAUGAUACCCUCCUCAAUUUGGACGACCCAACCGUGCAACUGGUGCUCAGUGGACUCGUCAGUUUCAACAGCGUCUACACAGUCUUCCACCGUUUCGCCUCGUUGUUCAUCUGCGUGGCCGGCGUGCUCGCCAACGUGGUGCAUAUUUUGGUCCUCUCCAGGCCGAGGUUACGGCGCUGCGCGGUGAACGCGGUGCUGACGGCGGUGGCGUUGUGCGACGUAGUGACGAUGACCUCUUAUACCGUAUACCUCUUCCGGUUUCGGAUAUUCCAAGGCGAAGUGGGCUACUCGUACGGCUGGAUCGUCUUCUUGAAGGCGCACGUCUCCGUGAAAAUGUUCUUCAUCGUCUCGGCCGUCAUCUCCACGCUGACGAUUCCGACGUUUUACCUGCAUCAAAUUUAUCAAGUCGACAAUUCGGAGGGGAAUUUGACGCUGGCAGAUGCGCUCGUCCCGCCCCACUACUCGAUGACGUUCAGCUCAUCGUGCGGCUUCUACAGGUUCAACUUGUGGAUGAUGGCCAUCAUCAUGAAGACCGUCCCCUGUAUCCUUCUCCUCUGGUUCACCAUCGCGCUCGUCUUGAAGUUGAGGGCCACCGAUGAGAAGAGGCAUCAUCUAUACUCCAAGAGCUUCCGGAAGCAUAUUAAAAAGACGACAGUACCCGACAGAAUGUACACCCACGAGAUCAACAAGUACAUCUACGAAAACGUGGCCGAGCUGUUGGACAUGCUCUCGCUCGUCAACUGUUCCAUGGAUUUCAUCCUCUACUGCUGCAUGUCUUCCAGAUACCGCCAAACGUUCGGCCAUAUGCUAAUCCGGGCCGAGAGCUGGCUCCGGAAUCGGUGGUACCGGAAUCGAGACGAGUUCGGGAUGCCUGGAAGGCCGAAGAAGGAGCUACGAAUCGAGUUAACGGACGACCCGUCGUUUUCCCGGAUUCAUUGCGUCGAUUCGGGAGCUCCGGAACCGGCUGAUGUC